AUGGCUGCACGCCACUUCCUGAGGAACCCGAAGGACUUGCAGGACUACGGCUCGUGGGCCGUUGUCACCGGCACCACCGACGGCAUCAGGAAAGCCCUGGUCUUCGAGCUCGCCUCCAAGGGCCUCAACCUUGGGCUCAUUGGCUGGAACCCCAGCAAACUCGAAGCCACCUCGAGUGAGCUGAGGGAUAGAUUCGGAGCAACCACCGAGGUCAAGACUGGGGUUGCGGACCUCACGAAGCUGAGCGGAGAGGAGAUAGCGGCAGCCAUUGUGGGAGCCACGGAAGGGAUCGACGUCAGGUUGCUCGUCAACGACGCGGGGUUGGCUUAUCCGUACCCGAGUUGCUUUCACGAGGUGGAUCGAGAGUUGAUGGAGAGCAUGUUGAGAGUGAACGUCAACGCAGCGUUGUGGGCGACGAAGGGAGUGAUCGAUGGAAUGUUGAAGAGGAAGAGAGGAGCGAUCUUGAACAGUGGUUCUGGUUCCUCACCCAGCCCUCUUCUUCCCUCCGGCCCGGCCCGCCUCAUUGUCUUCUCCCUCAGCCGCUUUUUGCACGGGGAACCGGCGAAGACAAAAGCAGAAAGUAGCCGUUCGCGUGGGGAAAUGGCGAGGCUGAAAGCAGGGGCAGAGGGUAGAGGAGACAGCAUCAUCUCGUGGGGUAGGCGAGCAUUGGAAUGGGGAAGAGAGGUCAGAGCUGGCUGGAAGAGGGGGCUGGUUCGGGAAAGCCGAGGGCACGCGCGCGCGAGCCGAAGGAUCGAGAAAGCGAGAGAUAUCGAGAAAGAGAGGGAUCAGGAGGAGACAGAAAGGAGAAAAAAUAGAAAGGAGAAAGGACGGGAAAAUUAG